UGCUAGAAAUUCAUAACCGAAAAUUGAUUUUUUGACCACGGCAAAUAUUAGGUCGGCAAAAAAAAAAAACUAAGUAAAGAUGCAGUAUUUUUCUCGAGUUUACGUAUAUAACGUAAUCAAAAAAUAAUUGUAGUAUUUCAUUUCAUAUAAAAGUAAUAAUGCUGGACAAUGAACUAUCAUAUGAAGAGACUCUUGCUAGUUUAGAACAUCAAGAGUUAACAUCUUUUAAUGGAAUAGCAUCAAUAGAAGUUUAUUCUCAAUUGCUGACAUUUUAUCUUUUGGAGAAUGAUAUCAUAAAUGCCAAGUUUCUUUGGAAAAGAAUCCCUGCACCCUUAAAAGAUAAUGAAGAAUUAAAAAAUAUUUGGGUCAUUGGAAAAUAUUUGUGGAAAAAAGAUUUAGUAAAUAUAUACAGUGCAAUAUCCAGUUAUGAAUGGUCUACUUUGAUAUCACCUUUAAUGAAAAAACUUUGUGAAAAACUUCGUGAAUCUUCCUUAAAGUUGAUAUCAAAAGUUUAUACAGUUAUUAAAGUGGAAUCUUUAUGUGCUAUGCUGGGGGCUCAAGAAGAAGAGGUUUUUACUUUAAUUUCAUCAUUUCCAUGGGAAGUUGAGCAAAACUUAAUAAAAAUUCCACAAAGUACAGAAACUAAAAAGAAUAUUGAGUGUUCUUCAGAAGACAGUGAUAAACUCUUGAAGCGACUCACUGAUUAUAUUAUUUUUUAUGAAAAUUAGUAAUUAUUUCCUGUUCUCAAAAAUACUUUCUACUUUUUCUUGUAAAA